AUGAAGAUUGUGGAAACAAAAAAUGUAAUUGAGAAAGACCCAAAAGAAAAAGAAAUGGUUACUGUCAAGGAAGCUGGUAGUGCACGGUGGGUUGGUUGUGCAUUAUUCAUUGGUGAGUAUUAACACAAACAUAUUUGACAAUACUGUAGUAUCAGAAUUUCGGCCAGAUAAUUAGGCGUCUCGGUUUAUUUUGGUUUCAUAAUCCUUGUGUCGCACCAGUUGGCCCUGUCCCAAAUUGUAUUUAUUAUAUAUUCAAAUGUUCAAACUUUAUUCUCAUCUUUGGGUUUUAUCAAAGUUCAAAAAACCCAUUUUUUCAUACUGUAGUACCCAAGGCAUGCACACACCGACUGCUGCGGUCAGCAAAUUCAUUAAGAAAAUGGUAAUUUUUACGAGUACAAAUUAUUGUUAAUGGACGAUACUCAAUGCGCUAGACCUAAAAAUUAUAGAUUUAAAAUGUCUAUGUUAAGCCAACUCGAAAGCUACUAUUGUCUAAACAAAGGAAGACUCUAUCACAGACUUUCAUUAUUUGCUUGCCAAACCCAUAGGCUACUGCACCCAGUAUCGUUUAUUAAUUAUUGUCCAAACCACUAUGUUUUGACCUGUUCAUAACUAUAACAAUGAAACUAUAGUUUAAACAUGGGCAGAUAUCCGAGUUAGCUUUAUCUAACUAUAUCAUUCUUACUUGGAUUGCAAGCUGUAAAGACUGAUUUAAAGAGUCACCCACUAACCACCCCAUGCUCCAGCCUUUUCCCUGAUGUAACAAGAUGGUACUUGGAAGUAAUUAUGGUAUGUUAUGGGCCCGCCUAGGGAGUGAUAUUGAAUUCUCAGGAACAUUGAACUAUAUUUAGAUCUAUAAAUAAAUAUUAUCUUCAUUGGAUAUUAAACGCUUAUCAACAUUCACUAGACUGUUAUAUCAAUGUUAUUAUGUAUUUAAUAAAAUAAUAAAUAAAAAUGAAGUGUUUGAGGCAAUUGCUCUAGUAUGAGGUCGCAAUUUUACCAUAGACCUCACGUUUUCUUUACGGAAUUUGGCAACCUGGCAUACAGCCAAUUCCCAUUUACAAAAAUCACUCUAUUUCUGCAUAUGAGUAUAUGUGCUGAGCCAGAUCAGUGUUCUAAGAAAUAUUUCCCUGAUCAUUUUUUCCCAGGGCCCCGCUCAGAGUAUAUGUCUUGCAGGGCAGAUUAGGACCCAGCUCUAAAUGGAGUAUAUGUUCUAGCGACUCAGGACCCAGCUCAAAAUCCGUAUGAGUAUAUGUCUUCGGCAGAUUAGGACCCAGCUGCAAAUCAGUAUAUGUCCUAAUCGACUUUCCCCAAGAUCCAGCUUUUCAAUACGAGUAUAUGCCCUGGGAACCGCUCAGCACCUAGCUCUUUGCAGAUAAAAAAUACAGUAUAUAGAGCAGUUGUCUCACACUUCCAUAACCCCACAAACCUUGUGUUCUUAUGCGUGCCGUUAUAUUAAAUAUCUCAAUAUAUAUAUUUAUUAAACGGUGAGGACAUUAAGCUUGUUAAAACUAAAAUGUUUUAGGUUAAACCGUAAAAACUGCCUAUAUCCAGUUUGAUCUUCUGGAUAUGGCAAAAAACACUGAUCAUUAUUUUGACGAAUUUGGUACUCACAGGUGUGUGUCUUCCCAUAUUUGAUAAUAAUGACGUAGAAUAGAAAAGAAACUUUAUUUCAGGAGCGAAAACGUAUUAACUAUAAUAGAAAGAUUGUAUCAGAAAUUCCCCACAUAAAAAAAUGAUUGUGAUAUUUGAUUGAUCAUUUUUAGGUCUGACAGGACAAAAAAAUCUCGCGGUGGCGAUUAGAGGAAUUAGAGGUGCAAGACAUAAAAUAAAGAAUUAAUACCAAUAUACCACUGACACUAUAGCUAAGCUGUUACAAAAUUUCUAAGUUAAUAAAUAAUGCCCAAUGUCAAUAAAGACUAAAGACCUAUGAUGACCAAGAAACAGAUGAUGGAACCAAUCAUAAUAAAACUGAAAAUAGAAAAGAAAACCCAACUGAAAAGGAAUCAGGUAAAAAUCAUCAUGAUGUAAACAUUGUACACAUUAAGGAGCCUCAGAGAGAACAAUUAACCUUUAUUAUCCGCCAUUUUGGGGUACUGUCUUAAUUGUUUCGUAAACGCAAAUGUAAAAAAUUCUAAUAAUGCCCAAUGUCAUUAAAGACUAAAGACCUAUGAACACAUGUUGGAUGACCAAGAAACAGAUGAUAGAAGCAAUCACAAUAAAACUGAAAAUAGAAAAGAAAACCCAACUGAAAAGAAAUCAGGUAAAAAACAUCAUGAUGUAAACAUUGUAAACAUUAAGGAGCCUCGGAGAGAACAAUUAACCUUUAUUAUUCGCCAUUUUGGGUUACUGUCUUAAUUGUUUCGUAAACGCAAAUGUAAAAAAUUAAAAUAAUGUGAAAAGCAAGUUUUCAGAAUCAAGUAACUGCAUUAUAUGUCAAGAAAUUAUAAAAAGUGGUCUUUAGCUCACAGCAGCAGCAGGCUUGAAACAGUACCCCGGAGGAAGGCAUAAUUGGCUUUAACCAGUGGCCUUGCAAGUAAGUUCCUGUUAUAUACUGUAUGGAAUUAUGGUCCCUUACUUGACUGAAAAUGCUAAUCAUCUGUCAGUAUAGGAAUUUGCACUUCAGAUAAUUCCAACAAAACAGUUUUAUUUUAUAGGCAGUCAAAAGAAGAAAGCUCUGUCAAUCCUGGAGUCAGACACCAAGGAGGAAGUUGACUCAGUUACAUCGGCCAUGGGUAACAAAGUUCAUCUGUGAUUUCUUUUCACAUAAUAUGUCUUAAAUAAUGGAUCUGUAAAAACGAGGCGCAUUUGACUAAAAAAUCCCGUACACUUUGCCGAAAAAUCAUAAAAGUCAGAAAAAUAUUUUGAAAUCCGAGAAAACCAGUAAAAACCUGGAAAAUCCGACCUCAAACUAUAAAAAUCUGCAAAAAAUCCACAAGUGCGCAAAAUCCUCAAAGUCCAGGGGGAAUAUCAAGAAAAGUCCGGAAAAGUAAAACAACUUCAUUACAAUUUCAUUUAAAAAAUUAGCAAAAAAGUCUGGGAAAACCUGCAAAAACAUCUGCAGACUUUAAAAGGACUUUUUUGAGUGAAGUGCCCCUCGUGGUUAACACAUAUGCUUUUGCGGAUUGAAAAGCACGUCUCUCUUUUCACUAGUGAGUAGUGUAAACAUUAGUUUUUUGUGUGUAAUUAUUAAUUUUAGCUAUAGCUUUUUGUAAUUAUUGCUAGAUAAAUAACACAUGUUUUUUUCUUUAUUUAGAGAAAGACAGAGAGGCAGAAGCAAUCCGGGUGAGGAAUUAUGUUGCGGAGGAACAGGAGAGUGAGGUAAAUGAAACCGAAUCUUUAACAACUGAUAUGCAAUUAGCGAGAACUUGCCAUAUCAUGCCUUGUUUCGUAAAAUGCAACAAAUAUAUCAAUAUGGCUUGGGCAUUAUAGCAGGGAAAAAGUGUUGUAUAUUCAAACUGUGCAAGCAGACUCGACCACUGAAGUACUAGCUCUAUACCUAUCAGCUUCACAUGUGAGAGCACAAGGUUAUCAUUUCAGAAGUCACUGGGUCUCACUCAGCUUUCAAGCAGUAUUUUGGCAGAAUUUUCCCUAUCAUAUAGUAUGCAUAACCAUUUUAGAUUCCACAAACUCAAUCGAAUGUCAAAGGAGGAAAUGUUCAAGCUACAGUCACAGAAGAUUUCUUCAAGCAACUGUUUAAAAGGCUGGAUGGCAUUCAGUACACAUUGGACAGUAUACUUGAGAAAUCCUGUUUGGAAUCUCUCCCACUACAAGCCAUUAUUCGACCCCUCCAAACAAAAAAAGAAAACUCGUUGAUGACAAUGUUAUAUAGUGAUAGACAAUGUAUCUCCCAAAUCAUCACAAAGUCCAAAGGUAAAAUAUCCAAAGUACAAUGUCUAUAGUUGUCUGAAGAAUGUAAGGCUUCACAUAGUUCAUGUAAUUAAUGUGUUUAACUGUGUAUAUACUAGUUAUUAACCCAGAGAGAGAUCUGUACUGGGAAAAUAUCACACAGAGGUCUUGACAGUCUGAUACUUGAAGGAGAUAUUCCAGACCGGCAAUUCAACACGCAUCAUUCAACCACAGGAAACCAUGCCAUAUAGUACAGUACAUAGGGUUAUUCAAUGCAAUAAAAAUUGUAAUGAGUUCAUUUGCACCAUGUAUUAUGAGCCGAAUGUACAAAGCACUCUUACUUGUUAAUUCCUACUUAGUUGCUUACUUAAUUCCUUUCUUGUUCCGUAUUUACUACGUUCAAGUAACUUCAGUUCAAGUUGAAGAUUAUGUGGAUAAGGAAUUUGUAAGAAACCAUAAGCACUUUAUGUGGUGUUUAUUCACAGCACAUAAUUAUUAAAUAAUAUUUACUGGCUUACAGAUGAAGUCACAAGUGACACAACAUUGUGUAUAUUAGAAAAGGUCCACCAUCUGCUUGUAGUGAUGUGACAAAUUGGAAGGAAAUGUACAGAAUAUUACAUAAGAAGUACAUUUGAAGGAAAAAGUUCGAAUAUUGGAACAAUCAGUUCAAAGAGGUAAAAGAUCUAAAAAUCACAUAAUCUAGUUUAAAUAUCAAUAUUGUGUAGACUAUUCAUAUUCAUAGAAUGCCAAAUGCAAUAACUGUAAUUAAUUAUAACUUUUUGUGACAUACUAUAUACACACACACACACGGAGUGUACAAUUACACAACUCAACAUACAUAUAUAUAUAUAUAUAUAUAUAUAUACGAAAAGGCUAGUGCGCUAUUUUGCUGCAAAUAGUGGAUAAAAAUUAACAGUGUUUUGGAGAAUUAGUCUUGACAAAUGAAAAAUGUUAUUUCCAGGCAGCAUUCUUCCUUAGAGCAAUUGGUAGCUGCAGCUGGUGAAGACUGACAAAUGGGGAAGAACACUUUUUUUCCAUAGGUAAGCACCACCACUAUCGAAAAUUAUGUUAUCCACUGCUGAGUACUGGCUAAAGUUAACACUGUCAGACUGUUUUGCCUGAGUACCUUCAUUCUUUAGGCAAUACAUGUGUUGUCGAAUCAGAUAUGCUCAUUGCUUUUAUGGAAUAAACAUGUGACACAUAUAAUUAUAUUUCUUACAGAUGAUAGAGCUCUGCCCUGGAAGCAGUGUAUAUUGGUGUACAGUGAACAAACACUGUGCGCUGCUUCAACAAAAUCUGCUGGGGAACUAACAGCAUUUUUAAUGGGACACAUACUUUUCCAAAAAUGUAAUGGCCAUUUCAAAUAUGAACGGUGGUGGACAAAAGGGCUACAAACUAAACCCUGA